AUUCCUCUCGCUUCAUACCUCGUCACCGUUGGGUCCUCCCCGGGGUCUCUAAUAAUUACCGCAUAUUCCUAAUAUUACUUCAUUUCGAGUCGGCCGGAGGAAACAAUUAAACUCUAUUCUACCAUAAAAUCCCCCACAGCCAUGGCUGCCACGAACUCGGGAAUCACUACAGACGAAGUCACCGGGGAACGCUUUAUCCCCUCAUCGGUCCGUGCCGAUGGCUCCAAGCGCCGCGAAAUUCGUGUCCGACCCGGUUAUCGCCCCCCUGAGGAUGUGGAGCUGUAUAAGAACCGCGCUGCACAAGCCUGGAAGAACCGUGGUAACACCGGAGUGCCUGGUGCAGAAAGCUUGAAAAGCGAGAAUGAAAGCCCGGCUAAAACAGGCACGGCGGCGAGUAACAAAAAUGCCAAGCGAAGGGAAGCGAAGAAGAAAGCCAAGGCAGCUCAGGAAGGAACAGCUUCUACCGAGGGCAAAAAUGUAAAUGAAAUCGACAAUUGGCGUGCUCCGGCUUCGGGCGCCGAUAAGAAGCAAUCUAAUGGAUCGGAUAAGGCCGCUGGAGGAGCUGAAGAAACGAUCGACCCAGAAGCCGAGAACGAAAAGAAGGCGCGCAAUUUAAAGAAGAAACUCCGGCAGGCACGCGACCUACGGGACAAGAAGAACCAAGGAGAGGCCCUGCUUCCCGAGCAACUGGAGAAGGUGAUCAAGAUCCAGGAACUGGUCCGCCAGCUGGACGCACUCGGAUUUGAUUCGAACGGCGACAAGAAAGACGAAUCUGCGGAGAAGGAAGAGAAAGUCUGAGCCCAAUACGACAUAGGAUCGACCACGUAUUUUAUAUCAAUCCAGUUGUUCUUCCGGCAGCCGUCCUAUGAUAGACAGUCUACCGAUUGGGUCUCGAUGCUGUUCAUAUUGAUAGCCGGAAAGGCUUUUUACUGUCAAAGCUUUUUCGAGCAAACUAGUGCCUCUGUGGUACUACGCAACUACUCUUGUCAAGUGAGACGAGGCUUGGCCACAUCGCGGUUGGAAUUUGAAUCUGAACUGCAUAUAUGCAGCUACCGGCGUACUACCGCCUGUCAGCUACUCGAGGAACUCU